AUGAACGUACAAAAUAACAGCAAGUUGACAUCUGCCAUCUAUGGCAUCUAUGGCAUCGUUUAUUUUGUUGUCUCCAUGCUCAUGAUCUUUUCGCCCUAUCACUCGGCUAACAUUCUGUUUCAACAAACAUUUUUUGCCAAUGACAUGGACAAUUACACAAGAAUUAUUUUUGAUUUAUUUCGAUUUUCCGGAAUGUUGAUGUGCUUUCUUGGAAUUUUACUCAUGAUGAUGUUGAAAGUGACUGAUAAGAAGGCUUUGGAUAUUUUCAAUUUUUCACUUUGGUUAUUAUCCAUUUUUGGAGUUUUUAUUUCGUUUUAUUAUUUCAUUUUGAGCAAAGAAUAUCGUUGGAAAGAUUGGUCUUGCUUUACAAUUUUUGGGUUCUAUUGUGUCAAGAGUGCCUUAUUGAGCUAUGUUUUAUUUGGAGGUAAUAAGAGAAGAGACUUGGGAUCAUCUUUACCUACUCAUUCUACCUAUGGAUAUGGCAAUGAUGCAUCAUUCUUUUCAAAUCCACCAUCUUCUUCCAAUGUUUGGAAUAUCGGUCUUCAAUACAAGAACUCGAGUAGUGACUAUUCUGGCAAUUAUGGAGGAGGAGGCGGAUUUUCCCAACCUCAACCACAGCAACAACAAUACAUGCAAUCGUAUGCUACUAAUUCCAUGUAUGGAACUGGAGGAGGAGAUUUGAGACGAAGAAAUUAA